CGUCGCGUCCUGUGACGUAAGACGGCCCUGCUGCAGUCCGGGCUCCGUCCCGUGCUGCCCCGUCCCGUUCCCGGGGUCCAGCCGUGCCGCACUGCGCGGUGCGGUCGGGCCGGGCCAUGGCGGAUGAUGGCGGCGAUGAGAAGAAGCAGGUGGCAAAGUUCGAGCUGGAGCGGGAGACCGAGCUGCGCUUCGAAGUGGAGGCCUCGCAGACGGUGCAGAUGGAGCUGCUGACCGGCAUGGCCGAGGUGUUCGGCACCGAGCUGACCCGCAACAAGAAGUUCACGUUCGAUGCCGGUGCCAAGGUGGCCGUGUUCACGUGGCACGGCUGCACCGUGCAGCUCAGCGGGCGCACCGAGGUGGCCUAUGUCUCCAAGGACACCCCCAUGCUGCUCUACCUCAACACACACACGGCCCUGGAGCAGAUGAGGCGGCAGGCGGAGCGCGAGGACGAGCGGGGACCCCGCGUCAUGGUGGUGGGCCCCACCGACGUGGGCAAGUCCACCGUGUGCCGCCUGCUGCUCAACUACGCCGUGCGCCUCGGCCGCCGGCCCACCUUCGUGGAGCUGGACGUGGGGCAGGGCUCCGUGUCCAUCCCCGGCACCAUGGGAGCCCUGUACAUCGAGCGGCCGGCUGACGUGGAGGAGGGCUUCUCCCUGCAGGCCCCGCUGGUUUAUCACUUUGGCUCCACCACACCCGGCACCAACAUCAAGCUGUACAACAAGAUCACAUCCCGCCUGGCUGACGUCUUCAACCAGCGAUGUGAAGUGAACCGUCGUGCGUCGGUCAGCGGCUGCGUCAUCAACACAUGCGGCUGGGUGAAAGGCUCUGGUUACCAGGCGCUGGUUCACGCUGCUUCGGCUUUUGAGGUAGAUGUGGUGGUGGUGCUGGACCAGGAGCGGCUCUACAACGAGCUUAAGAGGGACCUGCCCCACUUUGUGCGCACUGUGCUGCUCCCCAAAUCCGGUGGGGUGGUGGAGCGCUCCAAGGACUUCAGGCGGGAGUGCCGAGAUGAUCGCAUCAGGGAGUAUUUCUAUGGCUUCCGGGGCUGCUUCUACCCCCACGCUUUCGAUGUCAAGUUCUCUGAUGUUAAGAUCUACAAGGUGGGGGCUCCCACCAUCCCCGACUCCUGCCUGCCGCUGGGCAUGUCGCAGGAGGACAACCAGCUGAAGCUGGUGCCGGUGACUCCGGGUCGGGACAUGGUGCAUCACCUGCUGAGCGUCAGCAUGGCCGACAGCCCCGACGACAACAUCUCGGAGACCAGCGUGGCCGGCUUCAUCGUGGUCACCGGGGUGGACCUGGAGCGCCAGGUGUUCACCGUGCUGUCUCCUGCCCCUCGCCCGCUGCCCAAGAACUUCCUGCUCAUUAUGGAUAUCCGCUUCAUGGACCUCAAGUAGCUCCAGCAGGGAUGGGGCAGGGGGGGACGUGCGGGAUGGCCAUGUGUGUCCUUGUACCACUUCUCAUUGCCCAGCAGCUUCCAUGCGCUGUGUUAGUGUGGGCACAGCUGGAGCAGGAGGCCAUAUGUUGUUUUUAUAUCCUUUUGUAACAUUUGUUAUUAAAUUCAUGUCUCUUUGGC